AUGUUGGAAGAAGAACAAAUCACACCUGAGGAGCAGUUGGGUGGAGGAGGAAAUAAAUCCCCACCAGGGGCUCCGAGGAAGCCCGGAGGGGGAUAUGUGAAGACCACGAGCAAGGGUCACCCCCAGACUAUCCAUAAAACCCCCGAGAAUAGGGAGGGUAGGACAGCCACGAGUCCACAAGAAGGAGUAAAUCCCAACGUGGAAGAGAAUCAGUGGGGCACUCGAGGAGCGUGUAUGGCAAUGGAAGACAAGCUGGCUCUAGUAACACACAGAAAGACUCCAUCACGAGGAAGAAGGAGCUGGAGUAGGAGUCCUACCCUAAGGCGGAAGAGAGCUUCUUCACGAAAAAGGAGCAGAAGUCCAACUAGGAUUAUUGACAAGCGAAUGGCUUCCCCACGAAAGGGGAGAAGCAGAAGCCGAAGCUCCUUGUCUGAGGAAGGUCCUAGGAAACACCAUAGGGACAGGUACGAGAGACCUGAUUCCGAUUGGGAAAAGAAUAGACCUAACAAGACAAAGGGAUAG